AUGACUCAUUUGUUAGAAACAAAAACGACCAUGGAGUAUGUUUCAGUCUUGGGAAUUGUGCUGCUUAUUGUCGUACUUGUAAUAGGAAUAAUUUUAAUUGCAAGAAGAUCAACAAAGUUAAGAAAGCUUAUUCUGAAGAAACGCCCAAAGACUGCAGAGGUCGAAGCUGCUGCUGCAAUUAGUUCGAAAGAAGCAACGGUGAAAUCUAGUGAUGGUGCAUCUAAGUCGAUUGAAGGAUCAAGAGAUAUCUAA